UUCUAGCUUAUUUGAACCACCGAGUACACCUUUUGGGUUCGAGCCACGUCAUCGAGGACAGACCCGAGGCCGGAGUCGACGGUGGUUCAUCCAAAAUGAGGUCCUUCUGCGUUUCCGGAUUCUCCGAGGCCCUGGACUGGAGGCCCAUCCUCUUCCAGGAUCCCGACAUCGCUCACUGCGCCUGCGCACUGUGUGGGCUUGUGUCCCUCAAAGCCACCAGGCUGUCCUGUGGCCACACGCUCUGCCCCGAGUGCUACGAGGAGUGUUCUCGGCAAGGGAGCACCUGCCCCAUUGAUGAGGAAUCCUUCGGCGACGAUGACUGCUACCGAAUCGACGUUUCAGUGGGCUUCCUCGCAAAACGUCGGGCGGCCUGCUGGAACAAGUCUAAUGGCUGCAACUUCGAGGGUCCCAUUUGCAGUCUCUUAAAGCACAACAUCGAGUGCGCUUUCCACGUGGUGUCCUGUCCUCGUUGCGAAGUGUCCGUACUGAGGAACGAGAUUGUGGGACACUGCAAACAUGGUUGCCAAGUGCCCGCCGUUGGGCCCGCAGUGGACGCAGACCGUGCCGUACAGGGAUACGACAGCAUCGAGCAGGCAAGUAAUGAAAUCAAAGAAGCGUUGGGCAAGCUCUCUGAAGACCUGUCCUGUCUGCACACCAGCCUGAACCAGUGCCGGGAGGACGUCAGAAAAGCAGAAAAGAGUUCGAAAGAACAACAGGAAGCUCAGUCUGCGACACUUGAACACUUGUCCAGAUUGCACAUCGAGGGACCUUCUCUUGCAGAAGGCGGAUUGAGGGACGUCGCUGGUAAAGUGGAGAAGGGCUGUCAGGCCGGAAACUUCGGCGCAGACGCCGAACGCCCGCUGAACGCCACAGAGAGCACGUGCCAAGGACCACCUCCUAAUCACCAUGAAAAGGAAUUCUACUGGCACUUAAAGGGACUCGAAGCUAUGAAGAUAGAAGCAAGCGACGGUUGUUUGGUGGUAACUGAGAGCCCCAGGCGCUAUUUGACGGGAUACAACGUGUCCAUCGUAUGCAAUCUUGAAAAGACUUUCAAUGACUUUGUUUGUCAUUUUUAUUUAAGAUUAUAUCUUGGAGCCUACGAUUCAAGCCUUAAAUGGCCGUUCAGUAAACAAGUUUACGUCGGUGUCACUCGCCGCUUGGACAAUGAGAUGAAUCGGUUCUCCUCAAGCUCUUUGCGUCGAGGGAAUUCUGAGAAAUUGCGGAGGCCAGACGGAAAUUCCUACAGAGGUUUAGUAUACUUGGCUUCCUUGACCCUGGAGAGUCUAGAACGCCGCCGGUUUGUUGAUAAUGACUCACUGCACAUGUCCUUUGAGGUCAUACUGUAAAGCCCUUAUUGUUCGCGAGCCCUCAAUUUUCGCGAAUUUCGCGAAUUGAAGAAUUUGCGAAAUUUAAGGGCGCGCGAAAAUUUCGGUCCUUAAGGUUUUCAAUGCAGGCGUCUGGAAUUCUCGAAAUUUAGUGGUCGCGAUUAUGCCAUCUGUGACCGAUUCGCGAAAAAUAGGGGCCGCGAAAAUAAAGGGUUUUACAGUAUAUUGAAAGCCUGCUGACGAACAAUAAAUUUAAAAUAGGAGGACAUUACUCUGCUAAAAUUAAAAUUAGCUUAUUACCUGUCCCUCAAACUCGCACUGUUUAAUUCACUGUACACUUUUACAGCUGUCUCGGUUUAUUGUUUGCUAGUGCUGAAUGGCCUUUCAGGCAUAGUGGGGAAAAAAUGUAGAUCCUGAUGUAUCAGUAUAACCAGUUUAAUAAGUCGUGCAGGUUGUGCUGUUGAUUUAAAUGAGACAUUUCAUAUAAAAAUAAAAUAAAACAAGAUAAAAAACGAUUUAUUAUCAUAAUAAUCUGAAAUAGUUUAUCUUUUCUAUUUGUUUCACUUACACCGUAAUCAAUCAAUAUUUUUGGUAUGUCUGAGGACGUAUGUGCUCUUUUGAGAGAAAGGCGCCGCUCUUCUGGGUCAAAAUAAAAUUGGAGUGGUGAGUUUUAUCCUUUUCUUGCACUUGGUUCUUCGGGCACGCUAUGUAUUGCGCGAAAGAGUGCGAAAGAGAAAAAAAUUGUGAGCCAUUCCAAUUUGUGAAGGUGGCUGGCGAGCGAAACUGUAGAGCACCACCACGCAUGAUUCACCAAAAGAAACACAAAAUCACUUUACGAAAUAUUUACUUUACAGCAUAUAUACAUCAUUGUGAAACGGUACUGAUGAUUGCUUUUUAAACACCAUGAUAUACACUAUUGGGUUCCAUUACAACUUUGGUGAGAUUAUUUGCUAAAGUUAAAUAUAUACAUAAAAUGGUUUGCAUAUAUAAAUGCUGCUGCUUUUAUAUAUGUAAAGCAGUGACGACGCCUGACUCGAGAAUGAGGAAGCCCAUAGUUCUCGGAUGUGUCUCCCUUAUCAGGUUUUGACGUCUAUAAAAUAAUUAACACUACGAGAGAUCUUAGUUUAGACUAAACCAAGAUUGAGAUUGUAAAUUCCUUCAAAAUUCUAGGCGUCAUUUUUUCGGAUAAUAUGUCGUGGGAUGAACAUGUUAACUACCUUAUUACAAAGCUGUCUAGAACGGUCGGCAUGUUAAACCGCCAUCGUUAUACCUUACCGAUACAGGUCAAGGUACUAGUUUAUAAUUCCUUGUUCGACUCGCACUUAAAUUAUUGUAAUUUAGUUUGGGGUACCACUAUUUCAACGAAUCUUGAAAGGAUACAUUUGUUACAAAAAAAAAAAAGAGUAAUAAGAGCCAUAGCCGAUGUCCCAUUUCAAUCGCAUACAUCCGACCUAUUCAAAAAGUUCCGCAUUAUCAAUGUGCACACUUUGUAUUCUUACAGGCUCAGUGCAAGCCUUAAGAUAGAGCUAAUUAGGAACACAAACUUUCUAGUAACCCUUGGCCGC